UUAGUUUCAAAAGCUGAUCAAGUCGAUUGUUGUCCAAGAACCUCUUACCAACUCCACAACUUAAAUAAAAUGAAACUCUUCUGUUUAUUAAUAUUUUUUUUCUUCGUUGAUGUUUUGGCAGAUGAUGGUGAUGAUUAUUAUGAGUAUUUUAAAAAUACAACUGAAGCCAUCAUGUUUCUUUGUGAAACGAAUGAUUUAACGGAAGGAGGUAGAUCUGGACGAGAAAAUUUGGAGCAUUUAAUUGAGAAAAUGGUUGAUGAUACCACUAGUAACCCUGACUACAAGGAUUUCUGCAAAAUUUGUUUUUUGAUUGCUGUACCGGACAAAAUAGAAAUUAUCUCAAGAAUACUGGCAUAUCCAAUCGCAAAUACUCGCAAAUUUCAAAAAGGCUUUUUUCUCCUUCAGAGAAUGCUACUAGAUUUAGAAAAAAAAAUAGGAAGACCGUAUCAAUUACAUAUAGAUACUGAAGAAACAUUCGGAGACAUAAGUAGAAGAUAUAUUGUUCCAACUUUAAUCAAUAUAAUCGGACGUCGUGUAUUAGAUGGGUCCGUGCAGCCAGUAGAAGAUGAAGCCUCUUUAACUUCUAAGUGUUAUUUUAUAGGAUUAUACUUGAGUGCACAAACUCCAAAAUCGUUCAUAAUAACAGUUCAGAUUAACUUAACUAACCGCACAUGUAUUUUCACGAAUAAAAAUUAUGUUCAAAAGAUAUACAGGACAGAUGAUGUCCAGUCACUCAGGGAACUGUUAGGACUUGAAAAUCCACCAGUUCCACCCACAUCCUAACCUAGCGUUAGUUAAACACAGACAUAUUUAUUCUGUUUAUUACAUAAUAUAUUAUAAUUUAUCUUAUUAUUAUCACUAUAUUCAUUAUUUUAUCUGAAAUUUUUAAAUAUUAUACAUAUACUUAAGCUGGCGGGAAGAGAAACAUUGGUCAAUUUUUUCAAUAAAAUGUUCCACAUUGUACAUUUUUAAGUACAUAAUAUUGUCUGUCUAUUUUUGUUUUACGUCAUGUCUACCAAUAAAAUA